AUGGUCAAUUUCAACUCUCAUAGUAUUGAUUUGAAGCUUCUUUUGUGCAAGAGCGGAACUACUUUAUUCAUAACUAUCAAACUCGUUGCGAUGUCAGGCGAUUCCAGCCCAGAAAGACUCUUCCGAGUUACAGUCUUCUUCAAACGCAAACCAGGCAUGACAGAAGAAGAGUUCAAUCAUCAUUGGGAGAACGUUCAUGGACCUUUAGUAGCUGACUGGGCUGUCAAGCAUGGCAUCGUCCAGUAUACACAAUUUUUCACACCGUCUCAUCUUCGCCAGAGAAUUACCUCCAAUGUGCCAUCUGCAGGUGUUCUCGAUUACGACUCCGGAGUCGAUUGGUAUGUUCGUGAUUAUGAUGCGUACGAAAGAGCCUACGAGGAUCCAUAUUAUCUAGAAGUGAUUGAGCCUGAUGAGUGGAACUUUAUUGAUAAAAGUGGUGGGGAAACAGGCGGUAUUGCUACUGCUGUAAGCACUUUGGGGGUGUGCAGAGAUAUCGUCAGGGACGGGAAAAGCAUGGUUGGAAAACCAGUACUAGACCAGCGGCAAAAGGAUCUACUAGAAUCAUCUAUUGAAUAG